AUGUCACCAGCCUACGCCAUAUCACCCGUGGAGUACAGUCCUAUCAAAGCUCUAAAGUAUGCCCACCAGUCCAAUAGAAAGACCCUACCCGCUGUGUGGAUGAGGUCAGGCACGUCCAAGGGCCUGUUCCUCCACCGGCAUCAUCUCCCAGCGUCCACCCACCUCUGGGAGCCGAUCCUGCUGUCGGCCAUGGGGUCCUCGCAAGGCGAUAGCCGGCAGAUCGACGGAGUAGGCGGUGCAUCGUCGACGACGUCCAAGGUUGCCGUAGUGGAGAGAUCAAGUCGCCCGAAUGUCGACGUGGAGUAUACAUUUGUGCAGGUGGCGCCUGACCAGCCGCGUAUCGACAUGACGGGGAACUGCGGCAAUAUCGCCGCUGGAGUGGGCCCGUUUGCGCUGGACGAGGGAAUUGUGAGGGCCGCACCAGGACAGAAAGAGAUUGACAUUCGAACGUACAACACCAACACCGGACAACUGAUAGUGGAAACCGUCCACGUCGCCCCGGACGGGACCUUCCAAGAAGAAGGCGAUUACCGCAUCCCCGGAGUGGCGGGCACAUCCAGCCCGAUCAGGCUGGCCUUCCUGCGCCCCGGAGGCAGCAUGACGGGCCGGCUGUUCCCAAGCGGCGCGCAGCAGGAGAUGUUGACCAUCCAGUCGCGCACUAUGGGGAUAUUCACCGUGCGAGUCAGCCUGGUUGACGCAGCGAACCCGUUUGUUCUCGUCGACACAGCGUCACUGCCAAUACCGGAUCACGACCGUCGUCCCGACGACCCGGCGUUCCUGUCCGUGAUCGAGGAUAUCCGCCGGGAAGGCGCCGUGCGGUUCGGGCUGGCUGCCGAUGUGGAGGCGGCGGGCACGGUGCGCGGGACUCCCAAGAUCGCCCUUUUAUCCUCUGCGGCGGCGGAGGAUGACGAGGCAGAUCUGUGUAUUCUGGCAUUCACCAUGGGAAAGGCCCAUGCGAGUUUGCAGUUGACGGGUGCGGUGUGUGUGGGUGCAGCCACGGUCAUCCACGGCACGAUUGCGUGGGAGUUGAGGCAGAACGGGAAAAGGGACACACGGCCGAAGCAUGGCAUGUCGUUGGCCAGUCAUCAGAUUGCACGUCCGUUGCCGGUGGGCAUUCGACAUCCGGCUGGAGUGAUACACGUGGAAGCUGUGUUGGGGAUGGACCAUACAGGUGGGGUUAGUGUUGAUAAUGUAGCGGUUUUCCGGACCGCUCGGCGGCUCUUUGAAGGGAAUGUAUACUAUCGUGUAUAA